AUGGAGCACCAUUCUUGUACAGAAAAUUUCUCACAUCAGACUAGCAGAGGUGCCAAAUCAAAUGAAGAGGAAGUGGAGAGGACUAACACAACAUUGCCAACAGAAUUUAUCCUGCUGGGGCUCUUUAACCAAACAGAGUCGCACACCUUCCUUGUGGCCAUGAUUUUACUUGCCUUCAUUACGGCCUUGUCAGGGAAUAGUCUCCUCAUAUUUCUAAUCCAAACGGAUUCCAGCCUUCACAGCCCCAUGUAUUUUUUCCUCAGUCACUUGGCCUUCAUGGAUAUCUGUCAGAUCCUGAUUGUUGUCCCCAAAAUGGCAAUGGACUCCCUGAUCCCAGGGAACACCAUUUCAAUAGUUGGAUGUGGGACCCAGAUAUUUCUCACGAUGACCAUGGGAGGAGCGGUGUGCCUCCUUCUGGCAGUCAUGUCAUAUGACAGAUGCUCCCUAUCAGAAGCAAUCAAUCAAAAUUCUAAAGAGAGGGGAACGUACAGAUCACCAGAAAAGGAAGCACAAGGAUGCACUUUCAAAUGGAAACUGAGUCCAGUAAAUCCAGGGAUCAAAAGUUCAUUAGAGGUGACUGGAGAACUGCUAUCGAAAUAUUGUGCAAGUGACAUAUGGGGAGGCUAUUUCUCCUCACAUCAUUUACAAUUAUUUGUGCUUUUUUUAACCUUGUUUUAUUGCUUUGCAACCCCGUUCAACUCAAACACCUGAUGAGCAGUUGAGAGAAAAGCUUUCACUGAUGAAUAUUUGUCACCCCUACUUCUUUAAUUAAUGUUCCCCAUUCACAUCUUGGAGCCAGUAAAAAUUUCUCACUUUGAUCAUCCUAAUUUUUGUUUGUUUUUUAA